UUGCCGAGUAGGCUCAAUCAAUGGUUGUGGUAGUUCUAGUUUUUGGUUGCUGCUUUUCCAUUUAGUUCUGCUACGGGGAGUUGGGGACUGCGGGUAAGUGGGUGCCUGGUGGCAAAGGUAGACCGCGUUGAAGUCAAGGCCGGUAGGCUGGGUUUUUUCAUGAGACCCGUGUUAGUUAUUGCGUAAACAACCCAGAAUACUAGAAAACACGCAUAUACAUUUUUUGGAAAACAAGCAAGGACCAAGGACAGCCCACCCACAGGGCAUUCUGCGGCCUCAUCCCAGAUCUCUCACGGGAUUCUUAGUUAUUUAUAGCUUUCUAGGGUUUCAAUUAAGAUGCCCAACUCAUCUGAGGAGACGGAUGAACUCAAUACGAACUCUGGCCAUAAUGUGAGGGAAGAGAGUGAAUAUGUCCGGCUGGUCAUAUCCAAUGAAGCAAGGUUAUCUGAAGCUGACAUUUUACAACCUCAAGCAGAAACAAGGAUUAAAUCAUUCAUCUGGUGGCUCAAAGCUUUAAUUUUUUGUGUUGUUAAUAUAAUAUUUCUUCUCAUUUUCUUGAAAUGGGGAGCGCCAUUUAUGUUUGAGAAGAUUCUCCUCCCAAUCAUGCAUUGGGAAGCUACUGCUUUUGGCCGUCCAGUUCUCGCUUUUGUGCUUGUUGCUUCUCUGGCAUUGUUUCCUGUGCUGCUAAUCCCUUCUGGGCCCUCAAUGUGGUUGGCUGGAAUGAUUUUUGGAUAUGGUCUUGGGUUUGUUAUAAUCAUGAUUGGAACAACCAUAGGAAUGGUCCUGCCUUAUUUGAUUGGACUACUAUUCCGUGAUCGAAUCCAUCAAUGGUUAAAAAGAUGGCCACAGAAAGCUGCCAUGAUUAGACUGGCUGGAGAAGGAAGCUGGUUCCAUCAAUUUCGAGUGGUUGCACUUUUUAGGGUUUCACCAUUUCCGUACACAAUUUUCAACUAUGCAAUAGUAGUAACAAGUAUGACAUUUUGGCCCUAUUUAUGGGGAUCAAUUGCUGGAAUGGUACCAGAAGCUUUCAUUUACAUCUAUAGUGGUCGGUUAAUAAGGACGUUAGCAGAUGUGCAGUAUGGUAAUCAACACCUCACUACGUUGGAAAUUAUAUACAACAUCAUCUCCUUCAUUGUUGCUAUCAUCACCACAGUUGCUUUUACUAUUUAUGCAAAGAGAGCUUUAAAUGAGCUUAAAAUGGAGACCAAUGGAGAAGAAGCAUCUACUUCUGAACUUUCGAGUUUUGAGAUGGAGAAGCUUCCUCUUGAAAGACCCAAGCACCUGGGUUUCUCUUCAUAGCAUGGAUUCUUGAGGAAUAUGAUAGUACUGUAAAAAUUUGUUUUAGUCAAGGGAUUUGAAUCCCUUGAUCUUUGUAAUUAUCAAAAGGGAAACCAACAGAUAUGAUUGAUAAAUAUUAAAGGUGAGAUGUUAAGAGAUAUGGAGUUUAUUGGUUCUUUAUGUAGAUUCUUUGUUACUAUCUCCAGAUUCCAUUGUAUUAAAGGUGAGAUGUUAGAGAUA